AUGUGUCGUCCUCUAUAUCUGCCAAUUUUGAAUGCCAUUGAAGCACACGAUCCAUAUUUUGUUCAAAAACAAGAUGCAGCUCAUAUCCUUGAAUUGUCUCUCCUGCAAAAGAUGACUUCAGCAAUGAGAAUACUGUCAUAUGGAGUGACAGCAGAUGUAGUUAAUGAUUAUGUACAUAUUGGGGAAAGCACUGCAAUUGAAAGUUUGCAGCACUUUUGCAAUUCAAUAAUUGAAAUCUUUGGACCCGAAUACCUGAGAUCUCCAACAACAACUAAAAUUGCUAGAUUACUUGCUAUUGGGGAGGUUCGUGUGUUUCCGGGUAAAGCUCCGCCUGUCCAUUACACUAUUAAUGGAUACACUUAUAAUAUGGGUUAUUACCUUGAUGAUGGUAUAUACCCUCAAUAG